UCAGGGCGAAUCUUCCUCACCAAAAAGAAACUAAAACAAAAAACAUGUAGUAAUAAAAUGGUGAGAAUACAAAUGAGAUAUUCAAAUUGCAAAUCAGGGAAAAUAGCAAUGAGAGUGGAGGUCUUAGGGAGUGUGGAGUGUGUGUGUGUAUGGGGAAAUAGGACACAGGAAUCUACCUAGUUGAGCUGGGAUUUUAGCUGUAAGCUUCUUGGAAGCUAAAGGGAAAAAGGAGACAUCAUAUCUUUGUAUCUUUUAAAUAGGAAGGUAGAUAGAUCUCAAAGGGAAGCAAAUAUUUGGGGAAUUACAAAAGGUUUUCUGAAUACCUCUAAAGAAAUUUCUUAUGUGGAGCUCUAUAUCAAAGCUAUUGAGUGAUACAGUGGGUAAUUCCUUAACAGUGUGGUACAGUCAGUGUAGUAAUAGCCUGUAUAAGGCUCUCUGUCAGGGUUUCUUUACCAAGAACAUAACGCCGAAUGAAACUAUGAUGUCAUUUUCUUCAAGUCAGCAUUUUGUGAUUCAGUUACUUUGUUUUUUAGAGGUUCAACUUCAUUUGAGGGUAAAAACCUAGAAUAACUAGGUAGAUAAACUGCAUAAUCUUUAAAAAUAUCUUUUAUGAGUGUCACUGAUUUACAAGAGUUAAGAAUACUUUUUUCUUUAACUACAAAAGCGAUACAUACUUAUGGUAGAAAAUAUAUAUAUUUCUCUCUCCCUCUCUCUCUCUGUAUUUACUCCCUGGUGGCAGUCCUUGUCAACACUUUGAUAUAGUUCCUUGUGGUCCUUUUAUACACAUUAAAAAAAAUUGGAUCAUAUGAUACAUGCCUUUUGUAUUCUCUAAACAUAACAUUAGCAUUUCCCCAUAGUAUCUGAUCUUCAUAAAUUAUUUUAAUGUCUGCAUUGUGUGUCUUUAGGAAGCUUACAGAUUCAUCUCUUGCCUUCCAUGAGGCUAUACUCAUUUGACUGUUCAUUUUCAGGUGUAUUUUGUUUGUUUUUGCUGGGUUCUCUUUCACUCACCUCUUAAAGAUGAGCAGUCCUAAUUAAGGUUAUCAGUCUCCUUCUCUCAGCACUCUUUUCCUUGAUCAUAUUACCCCCUACAGCUGCAGCCCUCGCUUGAAACCACUUUCAGGACCUCAACUCUAACUCAGACUUAAUGCUGAGUUUCAGGCCCCUUUUAAAUCCCAAGCCCGCUAAACAUCUCCUGUAGAUGCCCUGAAGCUAUCUCAAAUACAGCUGUUCAAAGACAGGUCCUUUCAGGGUACCUGCAGUCAGCAAUAAUGUAUUGUACAGUUACAUGUUAGAGGGUAGAUCUCAUGCGUUUUUACCACACAUAAACAAGAAGUCCUUUAUCUUCUCUCAGAAGUGGUUUCUCCUCUCUUGCCCCUGUUUUCAUCAUCAUCUCUGUCUACUUAGUUGCUCACACUAGAAAUUUUACAUCCUGUAUUCUCCUUUUAUCUCACAUUAAUACCCAAGUUAUGUUCUACUUCAUAUAAAAAAUUCAAGAAUUUGAGUGCCCACCAUACAUCAGGCAUUGAUUAAGGCUGUGAGGAUGGAGCAGUGAACAAAACCAAGCCUUGUUCUCAGGGAGCUUACAUUCUAAUUGAGAGAGACACAAAGUAAACAGAUAUAUACAUCAAGUGGCAAUAAGAGCAAUGAAGAAAAUAGAGCAGGGUUAGGUGAAAAUGAUGGGGAGAGGAGUAGGAGGGUGCUAAUCUAUUACAGGUGGUCAGAGAAGACCUCUGAUAAGGGAAUAUUUGCACAAAGACCUGAAGGAAGUAAGGAAGAAAGCCAAGUACAUGUCUUGGGGAAGAGCCUUUCAGGAGAGGAUGAGCAAGGAAGCCUGAGUUGCUAGACUGGAAUGAGCAAGAGGCAGAAUGAAUGGUAGGAGAUGAUGUCACAGUGUUAGAUGUGGGGCCUCAAAGGCAAAGGGAAGGACUCUGGAUUUUAUCCUGAGCAAAAUAGGAAGCAGUUGGAGGGUUUUAAGCAAAGUAUGGCAUGGCUAGACUGAAGGAGGAGCAAAGUGGAAGCUCAGAGACCAAGGAAGAGAUCUGUAGUAGUACAAGAGAUCAUGAAUCAAGCAGAUAAAAAUCAACAAGAAAUCCCAUCAUACCUUAGUGACGAACCACCAGAAGGUUCAAUGAAAGAUCACCCACAGCAGCAACCAGGCAUGUUGUCCCGUGUGACUGGGGGUAUCUUCAGUGUUACAAAGGGAGCUGUUGGUGCUACCAUUGGUGGUGUGGCUUGGAUUGGUGGAAAGAGUCUGGAGGUGACCAAAACGGCUGUUACAACUGUGCCUUCCAUGGGAAUAGGGCUGGUGAAAGGGGGCGUGUCUGCCGUGGCUGGAGGUGUUACAGCUGUUGGGUCUGCUGUUGUAAACAAAGUGCCCUUAACAGGAAAGAAGAAAGACAAAUCUGACUAAAACAUGGAGAUACACUUGCUCUCCACAGCAUUAUGAUGCCAGUGGCAUUGAAUUGGUAAAUUAUGGACUACAACCAAGUCACCUGUUUUGGACAUUCAUCUUUUAAACUGCUGUGUUCAAAGUAUUGAUGACUGGCUUUCGUCUAAAAAGAAGAGACCAAUACUAGCACAGUGUAUGAAGGUUUCUCAUACUUAAAGUCCAGCUUUUUAUCUGGUAAAAUGUUACUUAUUCAGUUGUAACUGAAGAUCAGUAUAUUUGAAUAUUUACUAUAAGUCUUUCAGUUUAACUAAAAAUGUGAAAGUUGAAUUUAGUGGAUGAUCUUUACAGUAAGUUCCAUAUGUAUAAUGUGCCAGGUGACUCAUCUGCCCCUUAAGAAGGGAACCUUGAAUUACAUAAACUGUACCUUUGAUGUGCCUAAUAGUUUCAGAUGUCUUAGGUUUUUUAUAACCAUAGUUGAUUAGGCCAAGAGGCAUUCUUCUUGUUAUUUAAGCUGGUAAAAGUAGCAGGAAUUAGAGAAGUUUAAAAGAAAAGAUAAAUCGUUUUAUGAUGCUGAGUGUUAACCAUCUUCUGUUAGAUAUGCAUUGUAUUAAUUUAAUCAUUGAUGCCUUACAAAAGAAAACGUCUUUUUUAAUACCCUAAAUAUGUGCAGUUCUUAUAUAUGCAUUCUUUUAAAAGUUGUUUGUGAAAUUAGUUUUCCCUUUUAAGAAUCUCAGGAGUAGUGGGGUAAAGGCAUUUCUUGCUCUCAGCAGAUAAGACAGUGCUCGGUAACUUUUUGUUAACUGUUAGUAGUUAUAACCAAAUCAUACGCUUCAGCCUGUGCUCCUGCUCCAUCGUUAAUUCACCUCACGGUGCCUAAGAACAUUUCUUUGCUGGUCAGAAGCUAUGUUGGAAGAGUUUCCUAUUAAGGAGGAGCAAAUAAAUAAAUGUUCUUGAGAAUUACCUAAAGCAUCCAAGAUAUAAAAAGAGUUCUUCAUACCUAUUUUAUUUCUAAGAUGGCUUAUACUAGCAGUGCCCCUUUUCAAAAAACACAGUAAAAGCAAACACAAAUAUGUGAGGGCUGACUUUUAAACUGAAUGAAAUGGGCUCCAUAGAUUAGUUUUGAAAAUAUAUCUAAGUGUUUUCAGUGGUUUAUAGGCUUUUCAAACAUGGUAUCCUGCAGUCCUUUAAAGGAGCUGUAGACUUUGCACUAGCUUCCAGGUCCACUGCAGGCAGGGCAUUGAAGUUUCUGAUUAUGGACGCCAAGUGUGUCACGUCUCACUAACACGUCUCAUCAUGUCUCAGUCAUUCUCAAAGAAUACAGCCUAGCUGGAAUUCAUCUAUUUGUUUUUUGUUUCAUGUUCAGUUUCAUAAACACUUAAAAAGUUGCAUAUCUAUUUGGCAUUCCUCUUAACUAAGGGUUAUAAUCCAAGUCUGAAAAACCUUAGUUUUCUAUAAGUCUGGAAAUUUGCCUCCAUUCCGCAGACUUUUUUUUUGCGCGGGAGAGGAGGAAAGGAGGUGAUGCUCUGGAUAAAUAAAUCAAAAUAACAUCCCUGAGAGCUUAAAAUAUAUCACUUUAAUACCCAAGGCUUAAAUAAAAUGUCUCUAAAGCACUGAGAGUUUUACAUUAAUGAUGUGGAUCAACAAAUGGAUAAGAAUAUCACUUAACUUAUCUUUUAAAAGCUUUCAUAAACACCAGCAGGGAUUUUAAGCAAAUCUACAAAGGUUCUUGAACCUCGCUGUUGUACAUAAAACUUCAGAGUUGUUAAGGAGUUCAUCACAAAUAAAUGAUUAUUUCAUGCAGUAUGAUUUAAGGUAUAUUUUUUGGUAUAUCUGGUCAAAUGUCAUAAUUAGCAAAGGUUUUUUUUUUUUUUAAAAACUCCAGAAUUAAUAGAUGAACACUAAAUAAUGAACUAAAUAAUGGAAUUGGAGAACUUGUUUCCUGCUAUUUGAAAGAAACUCUUCACUGCUAGUUUAUAUUUCUAAUUUGUCUUCUGUAGUCAUGGGCUCUGCUGUGCUUUGUACCUGAAUUUCUACAUAUAGACUUCACUGUAUGCUUGCAUAUUUAUUUUCAAGUUUGCUUGUCUUUAAAAUUGCUGAGGAAAAAUGGUUGUAAUUAAUUUCUGCUACAGAAAAGCCACCUGGAACAUUUUAUCUCAUAAAGUUUGUUUUAAAUUCCAAACUCUAACUUUGUUCAGGAGAGGCUCUUGCAAUGAUAGCAGAGAACUGUACAAAUGAUCAGUUAGUCAGAGGUUCUUGUUGAAAUGAACUUGCCCUUUGAUGAUAUCCACAGCUGUACACUUGAGUCUUUUCCAGUUUAUUUUCAUAGACUAGCAGUUUGACUUGUAAAACAGUACUAGUUCACUUCAAGAAACUACGGUGGUUUGUAUACACCUGGAGGCACCUGUUAUUCAUUUGACCCUUUGAGUGGGUGUUCGGCACGAGGAUAAAGUUGUGACUCACUUGAAGGACUGACCUAAUAAUGUGGACAUUAUGAAUCCUGUACUUAGUGAAAUGUCAGAGGGAAAGAACUGAUGAUUGAAUAAAUUUUUUUUGUAUUAAAAGAAUGGGAAAAGAAUACAUGAAUCUGUUAAUAAAGCACUAUGAUCUGCAAAAGAUGAAAUGUUUCAUAAAGAUCUAAGGAAAUAAAGGAAAUUUUAAAAUA